AUGGCGACGCCAGAAAGACCCGACACGGCGGAGGCCGAGGACAAGAGAUUCCUUUUCAAGUCGCACUCCACCAACAUUGAUCGACUGGCUGCACCGGCUAGAAGUGCAUUCUCGAAGUGGAACUCCUCCAUCCUGGACACAUGGAUGUGGGAGAUUUUCUCCAUAACUUUCAGCACUCUUUGUCUUCUCGCCAUCGUUGGUAUCAUCCGAUUCUACGACCAGAAGAAGACGCCCAGUUUUCCACACGGAUUGACGCUGAACGCAAUCGUAUCUAUUCUCGCGACCUGCUCCAAAUCCGCCCUCCUUUGUAUGAUCGGUACAUCUGUCGGCCAGUUGAAGUGGCUCUGGUUCUCCGGCAGGAAGGAACGCCCGCUCUAUGACUUACAGUCUUUCGACGAUGCGACCCGUGGGCCUUGGGGCUCAAUGAUGGUGCUGAUGAGAUGGCCACACAAAGGACACUUUCUCAUAUCGCUUGGGGCCCUAAUCACUGUCGUUUCCCUUGCGUUCGACCCCUUUGCGCAGCAAAUCCUCAGAUUCCCUGUCAGACAGGCCCCCAGCGCCUCCAGCAUUGCAACGGCCAAACAGGCAAUACUUCCAUGGCAUCCACAGACUACACAAACAGAAGACGCCGUGUUCGAUGUAAUCGAGACUGGUAUAUUCUCUGCUGGAUUUGAGCUAGAUCCAGUCUGUCCAUCGGGGAAUUGCACCUGGCCUCCCUUCCACUCCGCGGGCUGGUGCAGCAAAUGUGAAGAUGUUACGUCGGAGGCCAAACUCGUUGGCUGUGACAUUAGCUCCUUAAAUACCAGCAGACGAGGGGAUCAAACUGUGCCAUGCAAUAUUACCUUUCCAGAUGGAUCUUGGAUUAAAAGUGAUCUCCAGGGAUUCUGGAAUGGGACUAUUCCUGGCCAAGUACUCUCCUUGCCAUCGGUCCAGGUAAAGGCUGUCAAUGAUCAGUUGAACGGACCAUAUCUUAACCAGUCAAUCUUGGGCGUCAGUAGCCCCGUUUCUGCGUUUGUAUUUGUUGAACUGGAGAUAUACAUCUUAUCAACGCAGACUUCUCUACCUGAUUUUGGCGAGGUCUAUCACCCUGAAAAUUACCCUGGCAGGGACCGCGAGCUACAGGGGUCUGUGUUUCUUGACGAGGCGGAAUAUGAAAAGGCGACAUCAUGCUGGAAGCCAGAGCAUGGGGGGUCUGUCGAUGUCAUGUUAACAGAGGAAACAUGGCCGAUUGCGUCCAACUUGUGGAACACCGACACCAAGUUUGCCGGUUGUCCAGUGACUGAUCCCUUCUAUUAUUGUGAUUUUGUGGGAAUGUAUACCUCGCAAUUCCUGUACAAUGUCUCUGAACGGAUAUGGCAGCGUACUUACUGGAGCGCACCGGAUGGUGACAGCACAUCAUCAAGCUUGCACAGAAUUCGCCGCUCCGAUUUUGCCUAUAUUAUGGAGAAUGUCGCCGCUUCGAUGACACGGUACGGUCAAAAUAUCAGCAAUCAAAUGGCCUAUGGCACGGUGUAUGAGACUCAGACAUAUGUCUCGGUGGAUUGGGCCUUUCUGGCUCUCCCAGCUGUGCUGGUCUCCUUGGGAAUUGUCUUCCUUGCGCUGGCGAUCAUGGUCAACAGCAGAGAGGCGUUGACUCUGUGGAAAUCUUCUUUGUUUCCUGUGAUAUACCACGGGCUUGCGGAGAUGGGUGUCGAUGAGUUUGCUACUCUCAGCUCAAUGGAACGGAAGGCACAGGAGAUUACGGUGAAGCUCGAAGUUUUGGAUACUGGAAAGAGAAGGUUGAUGUGUAUGAAGCUCUCUGCUGACCCAAGGAUAAACCAAAUUAGACAGCGGGUGGCUGGCGGCGCCACCAAUCUAGUCGAACUAAUGUCGCGCUAA